CAGCAAAGGCUGGGAGUGCUUCCCUGUCUCUGGGUGAGCCUCAGGCAGGCGGGGUCUAAUCUGCCUGACAGGGAGAGCCGCAGGCGCUGUUCCCCCGCCCCGCCCCCUCUUUAGUUGCAGUUUCGUUUCAGCAAAAUUUACACUGAAAUCUGUUCAGAUACAGUCAGCCGCCGCCGUCUGCUGGAAUCACAGCUCCUCCAGAUCAGCCUGGUGAGGUUUUACUCUGCUUUUCCUUUCAGGCUGUGUAUGACACGAUGGCCACUUCAUCCACUAUUACUGAUAAAAUCCAAAGUGAUAUUUUAAAUUGUAAAAUCUGCCUUGAUACAAUGGAACAACCGAAAAUGCUGCCCUGUCUACACACCUACUGCCAAGAAUGCUUGAAAAAGCUGGUGAAGGCCAAUAAGAUCCAUUGCCCGGAGUGUCGGGUCAUCGUUGACGUGAGUGCAGGCAUUAGCAGUUUGAAGACAAACUUUCAUAUUAACUCCCUUCUGGAUAUCUUACAAAGCCAGGAGAAGGAGGCAGUGAGAUGCAGCCUGUGUCCCCAAGGCUGGAAAGGCAAGACCCCUGCAGUGGCCCAGUGUAUCAGUUGUCCAUGUUACCUGUGCAGAGCCUGUGGGGACAGUCAUCGGAUUAGCCACAGCACCCACACGGUGUUGGACCUGGCCCCAACCCCGCUGGAUAAGGCUGAUGCAGGGAUGAUUCUGCAGCAAAGGAUCUCCUGCCAAUUUCACCCCAAGAAGCAAGUCUGUCAUUACUGCAGCACGUGUGACCGACUCAUUUGUUUGCAAUGUUACUCCCACGACUGCAUCAAACACAAACGGCUUGGGAUUGCUGAGGCAGCCAAGCUGAAGAAACCCACCGUGAUAAAACUUGUGGAAAGACUCGGCACUGACCUCCAGUCACUGGCCCAACAAGAGGAGGAACUGAAUGAAGCAAUGGACAAAGUGAAAACGACAGAGUUGUCUAUAAUUUCCAGCUUAGAGAGCACUCUGACAGAGGUUAUAAACGAGCUGUUUAAACAGGGAGAUGCCAUCAAAAAAACUGUUUCAGAGUGUGUGAAGAAACAGGAAGAGUUCAUCAAAGCCGCCAAAUCUAACCUUGAGCUUCAGAAGGAGAAGACAAAGAGCAUGAAAGAACUUGGUGUGAGGGUUAUAAUGGGCUCUGAUGUGAAGGAGAUGGUGUGUUUGGAGAGCGUUAUACAAGAUCAGAUCCAUGCAUUGCAGCCAGUCAACAUCCAACAAUUAAACAAAUCCUGCCCCAGGCUAAUGGUUAACAAAUCUGUCCGGAGUAUGAUAUCAGAAACUCAUCUCUUCACAGUCACCUUGGGUGAAGAUGCAGUAACUGAGUCUGAGCUGACUGUCCCCAGUACUGGGCAGGCUUCACACAUUCCAGAAACCCAGCCACCAAACCAGCCUGUUGCUCAGCCCACGCAAUGGGCAGUUCAGAAAUAUUACUUUGACACCAUGCUGGAGUAUAACACGAUGCCCAAAUUGACAGGCAUCUGUUGUUCGGAAGAUGGGGACAUCAUUGUUGCAGAUGAAGAGAAUGCGGUGCUGAAGUGUUACUGGAAUGGUGGAUCAUUGAAUCAGGUUAUCUCGCUGCCAGAUGAAGAUGAUGACCCGUGCAGUGUGGCCAUCUGUGACAAUAUUAUUGCAUGUUCUGCCAAAAACAGGCUUUACUACUUGGAAAUGGAUGGAUCGCUGGUGAAAAGCUUUUGCCUCCGAGGUUCGGAGUCAGCAUACCCUAUCGCUGCAUAUGAGGAUGAAUAUGUGGCUGUGAGUGAAGGGACAUUAUGUUCUGUAUCUCUGUAUGAUCUCAAUGGCCAAGUAGUUGGCAGGAUUAAGCCAAAGGGUUAUGAUGGCAUUAGAUUUCUCUUCAUUGCAGUGAACAGUGAAGAAGAAUUCAUUGUAUCUGACUGUGGGAAGAAAUGUGUUGUUAUUUUCACUCGAUACGGAGACCUUGUCACCGUCUGCAGUGAGAGCUUCGUGGAUGGGAUACAGAGGUCUCUUAAUCCUUUCAGUGUUUGUGUUGAUGCAAAUGACAAUAUCUAUGUCACUGAGCCCAACAGGAUCCUGGUGUUUUCGCCUGUGGGAAGUUUUAAGAGGCAGUUGUUGAGCACGGCCGAUGGCCUUUCCAAGCCACGGGUCCUUACCAUUGAUCCAGAUGACAAUCUGAUUGUAGUCCAAGACAGCAGGUUUGUUUAUGUGUACGCAUUGACUGUGGAUUAGCAGCAUUGCUGCCUUGGGUAGGAUUCAGAGUAACCAUUUCCUGCUCCCCUGAAUGAAAAUCGAUGUGAAUUAGGAAAUAUCACUCACUGGCUUCCAAAAUCGAGAGACUAACCCUGAGCAUUGGAAUAAAAGGCUGACUUUGUAAAUAAAUACUUUGGACAGGGAGCAGGAUGCUGGGCGUGGUUUGCAGGGGGCUGCUGGGGUUUGGAGGAGUGAUUGUUCAAGGUUAUAUGGCCGUCCCAAAGACAGGGUUACAAUCCAGUGGAGAAUAAGAGGUGGCCACUCUCUGCCACUUUCCUACCUUGGUCAAAAUGAGGCUGGAGCCAGGAUGGCUCAUGGGUGACCUUCCCAACCUCCUUCCAACCCCAAAAAACAAGCCUAUGCACCCCAGCUUCUCCCACCAGCCCCAAGGACAGUGUGCCUAUUGACCUGGGAUCCAUGCUGAUCCUUGGCCUCUCCGGUAACUGUGAGUCCUGACAGCUGCUGACGUUCGAUUGGCUGCUUGUUGUCGAUGGGUGGGCUUUCUGCCCACAGGGUGCCUGACCCUUGCUAAGAGGCCCUUCAUUAGGCAGAACAAGCCAGCAAGCAAGACCUCAUAGCCAUUAAUUGCACGGUGGCUCAGUGGUUAGCACUGCUUCCUCACUGCGCCAGGGGCCCGGGUUCAGUUCCACCCUCAGUUAGCUGCCUGUGUGGAGUUGGCAUAUUCUCCCCAUGUCUGCAUGGGGUUCCUUCAGGUGUUCUGAUUUCCUCCCACUGUCCAAAGAUGUACAGGUUAGGGUGUUUUCGUCAUGGGAAAUUGCCCAUAGUGUCCAGGGAUGUAAAGGCUGGGUGGGUUAGUCAUGGAAAAUUCAGGGUUACAGGGAUAGGAUGGGGGUGGUUGGGUCUGGGUGGGAUGCUCUUCAGAGGGUUGGUGUGAACUUGAUGGGCCAAAUGGCCUUCCUCCACACUGUAGGGAUUCUGUGAUUCUAAAUCCUGCCCAGUCUUGACAGAAAUUUGAAAAAUCUCAGAAUUGUUCAUUCCAGACCUAGUUCAAUGUGAUAAACUUUCGAUGAGUAUUUGCAAACUGCACGACCAAGGAUUUUCUCAGUGAUGGAGCCUGGGACCAGUUUAGAGUGCCCUCCCCUUUUGAACAUGCUCCAUCUGUCUGUGACAAAGGGCUGGCACUGGGCACUCAGUGUCAUUUCAUUCUCCUACAUUCCUUUGAACAUUCCAAUGUUUGAAUAUAUUCCCUUAUGCUUAAUUUCAAGCUGGUUAAAAGAAGUGGUAAUUUGUGACUCCCCAUUCCUAUUGGACGAUAGUGUCUCGUGGUGACCAUUAAUUGGUUACUCUUCAUUGGCUCAGCGCCAAGGCUUUGAUUAGCUUGACCAAUGGGAUUGCAGGACAUAUGGCAAGUGUUCCAGCACUCCUGUCCAAUUGAAUUCCGCAGGACCAAUCCUCUCAGUGGAAAUUGUCACGUGGUUCAGGUAGCUGAUUAAAUGUAUGAAAGGGAUUGCAGUGUUUUUUUUAGAUUGUUUAGCUGUUAGAGGAAAGGCAUUUAAUUAUAAUCUCAAAUGUUUUGCAUUUAUCUAACUUGUUGAGAAUUUUUUUCUGUAAAUAGAGCAUUGAGUGAUGAUAACCAAAGACUUGCUGAUGAGGUUUUAAUAGCAGUUCAGGGUGGGUCCGGAAUCUCCUCCCACAUCCACACCUUUGGGGAGGUGGGAGGUCAGGAGGUCUUCCCUGUCUCCCGAUUCCAAUCAAAGGGCGGGUCCAGUGUUUGCUGACCAACACCCAAUAAAAGCCUACUCUACUCAUUAACCUCGCUUUGGACCUCCUCAGCUCGGUAGGUUUGAUCAUAUUGCUGAUUAUCAAAUACAUGUAACAUUGUGGCUGCAGACCACAAAUACCAUCACUGCACGGGCUGAGUAGUUUUAAUCAUACAUUCCAUAAUGUCAUCAUCAUCACUGGGGCUCCUUCACAGACAAGGGUGAUGCUGUUCUGUUCUCAGGGUGAGUCUGUGGGGCUGUACAGACUGAUCGGACUAUGGCAGGCUCUGUUACACUUGGGUAAGGUGGUGGCGAGGAGGCAUGGGUGGAGCCUUAGUGUGCCAGCACGAUGCUUUUGCCUGGUUCUAGUUUUUCCCUGCUGGAACGUCUCAAGGUGCUCAAACAUCUUCCUGGAUGCUGCUCCCCCACUUUGGACACUCCUGGCCCAGUGCUUCCCAGAUGUCUGUGGGAAUGCUGCACUUUGUCAGUGAGGCCUUGAGGAUACCCCUGAAGCAUUCCCUCUAUCCACCCUGGGGCUCACCUGCUCUUUCGGAGCUGGGAGUAGAGCACCUAUUUGGGAAGUCUCAUGUUGGUCAUGGGGUCGAUGUGGCCAGACCAUCGCAGCCUGUCAGGGUGUGGGGGUCACGGGAUGUCAGUGCCUCGAUUCUGGGGAUGGUGGCCUGGUCGAGGACACUGGUGUUGUGUAUCUGUCUUCCCAGUGCAGAUGCAGAAUCUUGUGCAUUAUGUACUUAUUGUCUGCAUCUUUGAACCUUGUUCUAUUUUGAUUAUAAACCGUAAUAAACAUACUGGAGUUCCCUGUUGACUUUGUGAGUUUUUCCAGAUGGUGAACGCAAUACCUCAUUGAUCCACUCUGAAUAAUCUGCCGGGACCAGGGACCAUUACGUUGGCCUUAGUAUCUCUGUGUAAGAUUGGCUGCUUGUUUCCUAUCCAUCACCAGUCACAAACAUUGUCCCCUCUCCUAGACCUCCAAUGAAGAGAUGGGGAAUAAAGCCAACAGUUGCAUUGACUGAGCCUGAGUUGGAAGAUUAGGGCACAAGUGUUUUAGAAAGAGGAGGGCUCCGUGGGAAAGUUUAAAAAUAAAAGAAACGUGGACCAAUCGAAUGGUGUAUUGAUGGGAGCAGACUGAGAAAUUAUU